AUGUCGCUGUUGCUGUCCCUGGCGACGCGACGUGCCAAUUUCGUUUGCACGUCGCGCUGCCUGCGAUUGUCGCGUGCCGCUGUCAGACAGAAGUCGGACCACGCGACGCCGCAGAAGCCGCAGAAACCGCCGAAGAAGACGGAGCUGCCAGACGGGCCCGCCAGAACACGAUUCGCCCCUUCGCCCACUGGAUACUUGCAUUUGGGCUCCCUGCGGACAGCACUUUUCAACUACCUCCUCGCCAAGCGCACCGGUGGCCAAUUCUUGCUGAGAAUAGAGGAUACAGACCAGAAGAAGAAAAGAACUGUUCCAGAUGCUGAGGCACGGCUGCUGGAAGACCUGAGGUGGGCGGGUUUGGAAUGGGACGAGGGUCCUGAGGUUGGCGGUCCAUACGGGCCCUACCGGCAAUCAGAACGGACGGCACUCUAUCAAGAGCAUGCGAGCAAGUUGCUCGAAACCGGCCAUGCCUACCGCUGUUUCUGUACCGCGGAGAGACUCAACGACCUGGCCCAACAGCGCGCCCAAUUGGGACUACCGACAGACUAUGACCGCAAAUGCGCGCAUAUACCAAAGGAAGAGGCAGAUGACAGGGCUGCCAAAGGUGAAGCUCACGUCGUCCGGCUCCUUGUUCCCGACGCAUACCCGGCCUUCUUCGAUCACGUCUACGGCAUGGUUGGAAAGGGUGUCAAGCCAGCAACCAAGAAGGUUGACGAUGCAUACGACGAUCCCAUUCUUUUGAAGUCUGAUGGCCUGCCCACAUACCACUUGGCCAAUGUGGUAGAUGAUCAUCAUAUGAAGAUCACGCACGUCAUCCGAGGCACCGAAUGGCUACCUUCUACGCCGAGACACGUUGCCAUGUAUCAGGCUUUUGGCUGGGAGCCGCCGUCUUUUGCUCAUGUUGGUCUGCUUGUCGACAAGGACGGCAACAAGCUGAGCAAGCGGAACAUGGACAUUGACGUUGCGGCCUACCGGAAACAGGGUUACCUACCCGAGGCCGUGAACAAUUUUGUUGUCCUGCAGGGCUGGUCUCACAGGGGCAGGAAGGAUGCGAUGUCUAUGCAGGAACUGAUCGAUACGUUCACCAUCAAAUUCACGAGGGGAAACACCACCGUCUCGGAGGGAAAGCUGAAUUUCCUGCAGCACGAGCACGCACUUCGACGCCUUGUUCCCGGCGACCCUGUCUUCGACGAGACUGUAAACACGCUUGUCGCCAUGCUCUUGAGGGGGGAGCCCGUCUCGUUCAGCGAACGCAUUCUCAACGGCAGAUCGCUAUAUGACUACGUUGUCUCCGUGCUCCGGAUCGACUCCAAGAACUACACGAACCCCUCCGACUUUCUCAUUGAGCAUGACUACCUCUUUACCGAUUUCACUCCUCAAAAUAAGUGUCCGGAAUCUGAAAGAGAUCUGAUGCAGCGAGUAUUCAAGUCAACGUUCGCCCCGGAGAAGUGGACUUCGCAUACAGUGCUCGAAUGCGUUACUGAGGCAGCGGAUAUGAUCGUAGAUGCACGGGUAAAGGCAGCGAAAGACUCGAGCGAGGCGGACGCCCCGGUAGAAAAGAAGGUGAAGGGAGAAGUGUACAAGCAUCUCAGGAUGGCGUUGGCGGAUGGGAAGCACGGCCCCGAUAUUACAGCAAUGAUGAAGCUGCUCGGAAGAGAUGAGUCGUUGUCUAGGAUGAAGAAGUAUGUCUCUGCAUAG